CGUGGAUCGAAAAAUCAUGGCUGAUCCCAAGCUACGGACCCUACGGACCUCGACCUCCUCGCAUGGCCACCGACUUGCUGCUCUCGGAGCGUCAGGUCUCUCUUUUAGAUGAGCUGACCAGCUCUGUGAACAGUGGUCUGCAGGAGGUGGCAGAUGCUGAGAAGGGCAGCUUCGAGGCCUUCCAUAAGCACUGGCAGUCGGUGCGGCAUCGACAUUUGCAGCAGGAGGCCUCUAAGCGUCGAGGGCGCUGGCAAUGGAUUUGCCAAGUGCAAGAGAUCUGCAACUCUGCUUGUGAGGAGCUUGAUACCGUGCUGGGACAGCUAAAAGAGUUGGAUCGGCAACGGUGUGAGGUGCUCCGAAAAACCACUGCCCUGCACAAGGAAUGUGAACAAAUGGUGCAGGACCAAGAGCGUUUGGCGGCCGAAGCCGAGGCGUUAGCUGAACGCCUUGACUACUUCGACCGCGUGGCCGAUGUGGCGUGUAUGUUGGAUCACCAAUCGGCGAAUGGUCUCCUUGCAACUGGUACCUCGACUUCGUCUAGUGGCUCGGACCUUGCCACGGUCUUGGAUCAGAUCGAUGGGUCUUUGAGCUUUUUGGAGCUGCACCCAGACUUUUGCCCG